CAUUUUUUUAAUAUCACCAACUCCUCCACAAAACUUAUGCUCUUUAAAAAGCUAACCAUUCUUGUGUAACAUCACUCAUAUUGCAAAUACUACCAUUACCAUGCCUGAAUCAAUGACCAAAAAAUGGCCAGAAAAAAUCAUACAAAAUGCCCUUUUAGAAAUGAAAUUGCAAGGGGGAAUAGUACUCCCUCUGAUGGCUAUGAACUUCACAUGGUUUGCAAAAAUAGCCAUCACAACUGCGUUCCUCGGUAGGCUUGGUGAGCUUUCUUUAGCUGGAGCAACGCUGGGUUUUACGUUCGCGAACGUUACUGGAUUCUCAGUCUUGAAUGGACUUAGUGGUGCUAUGGAGCCUAUUUGUGGACAAGCCUUUGGAGCCAAGAAUUUUAAGUUACUUCAUAAGACCCUUGUCAUGUUUGUUUCUUUGUUACUAGUUGUCUCAAUUCCUAUUUCUUUCUUGUGGCUUAAUGUUGACAAGAUCCUCAUUAAGUUUGGCCAGCAAGAAGAGAUUUCAAUGGUAGCUAAAAAGUAUCUUGUUUAUCUUCUCCCUGAUUUGGUGAUCACAUCUUUUUUGUGUCCAUUGAAAGCUUAUUUGAGCACACAAAAUGUUACAGUCCCAAUUAUGUUAACCUCUGCUUUGGGGGUUGCUCUGCAUAUACCGAUAAAUGUGCUACUUUCCAUGAAUAAGGGGCUAGAAGGAGUUUCAAUGGCGUAUUGGAUAACAGAUUUACUGAUCAUGAUUAUUUUGGUUAUUUAUGUUGUGAUAUCAGAGAACAGAAAGGGCGGAAAGUGGAAUGAAGGAGGCUGGUGGGAACAGGGGAUUCUUGAUUGGAUCAGAUUAAUCAAACUAUGCGGACCAUGUUGCCUUACAACUUGCCUCGAAUGGUGGUGUUAUGAGAUUUUGGUUUUGCUAACAGGGCGACUCCCGAAUGCUAAACAAGCAGUUGGGGUUAUAGCAAUUGUGUUGAAUUUUGAUUAUUUGAUUUACUCUGGUAUGCUCUCACUCGCGACAUGUGCAUCCAUUCGUGUAUCUAAUGAGCUAGGGGCAGAUAGUUCCAGCCCUGCUUACAGGGCAGCAUACGUGUCGUUAGGCUUGAGUAUCGUUGCAGGCCUUUUCGGUGGCUCGGUUAUGGCAGCAGCAAAAGGAAUUUGGGGUCCUCUGUUUAGCCAUGAUAAAGGGGUAAUUAGAGGGGUAAAGAGGAUCAUGUUGCUAAUGGCUUUAGUUGAAGUUGUUAACUUCCCUUUAGCAGUUUGUGGAGGAAUUGUCCGUGGGACAGCGCGGCCUUGGCUUGGGACGUAUGCUUAUAUCAGUGGAUUUUACCUGCUGGCUUUGCCAUCGGGGGUGAUUUUGGCUUUCAAGGUUCAACUUGGCCUUGCAGGAUUGUUGAUAGGGUUCAUGGUUGGAGUUGCUGCUUGUUUGGCCCUGUUGUUAGUGUUGAUUGCUAGGAUUGAUUGGGUUGGAGAAGCUAAUAAAGCACAUACGCUUGCCUGCAAUCAAGAAGAAGGUGGUGGAGAUGAUGAUGAUCGGAAAACUUCAUGGGUGGUUAAAGAAAAUGGCUCGUGAAUUCAGAGGUGGAGCUAGAAUGUUAGGACACAAUUUUGGUAAGCACGAUUAGCAACAAUGGCGGCUUCAGAUGCUUCAUCAGACUAUCGCAUGACUGGAUCUGCUCAACCAGCAGUAGCAACCCAGUCGGGUGCAGCAUCGGCAGUGACCACUCAGAAGAAAAAGCGAGGUAGACCCAGAAAUAAUGGACCAAAUGGGUCAGUAGACACGCCUAUUUCUGCAGAGCCAAUUUCAUCCGCCGCACCUUCUCAGGUGAUUGAUUUUUCGUCUAAGAAGAAACAGGCGAAAGUCCGGCCGGUUGGGGUCAGCUAUUACAGUGUAUCAGCCCAAAGUUGAUUUUGAGAAUUUAGGUCUCGAGAUACUUAUUUGUCUUGGAAGCUAACUUUAUAGGCAAUACUUUCACAUGAAGAAGUAUUAUGUUUGGCGUUCUGCAUUAUAUGGUCAAAGGGUUUCUAGGAUAAUUCGUGGUAAUGUUAUGACCCACAUCAUCACGGUUAAUACUGGAGAGGAUGUCAGCAUGAAGGUUUUAUCAUUCUUUCAACAAGGGUCUCGGUCAAUGUGUAUUCUCUCAGCAACUGGUGUAAUUUCCAGUGUCACAUUUCAUCAAACAGAUACUUCUGGUGGUAAAGUGGCAUUUGAGGGCCGGUAUGAUUUACUUACUUUCGCUGGAUCAUUUGUGCAUUCUGAGACUGGAGGAAUGAGAAACCUAUCUGGUGGAAUGAGUGUGUCUCUAAUAAGCCCCGAGGGACGUGUCAUUGGUGGUCGGAUUGACGGUCAAUUGGUAGCUGCCAGUCCUGUGCAGAUUCUUGUGGGCUUCCUUCCUGAAAAUUAGCAGGAGCAGAUGUGAGCUGCUUAUCAUUCGCUUCCUAUUGAUCCAUAUCCAGUGAGGUCUUUUUAGUAAUCUGAACUAGUUUUCUAGAAAGUAUAUCUUGUGCCUUCCCAUCUGGUGUUUCGCAUUAGAAUUGGGGAUGUACAAUGGCCCCGAAAAAGAUAAUUUUCAUUUGUUGUUGAGGUUUCCUUUCUAAUUUUAGCAAAUGCCAGACACCUGCUCAUGGCAAUGCAUGUGAACUACUGCAAUCCUCUUCGGGACAAAAAAUAUUUGAUCAUUGGCUUUUCAGAA